AUGAGGCUUUGUAUCUGGACUGGAGAUCCAGGUCUCUUUCCCGUCCUCCUGCUGGGUCUACUGGCCUCCUGCUCUGUCCAAGUGGGAGCCAACCAACAGGACCAAACCAGGAAAAGGCACUACUACAUAGCUGCUGUGGAGAUAGACUGGAAUUACAAUGGCAAUGACACGCACAGAUUCAAUCCCACAUACAAGAAAGUGGUUUUCCGGGAGUUUGAGAAAGACUUCACACAGCCAAAGGUUCAUGAUCCCUCAUUAGGUUUGCUCGGACCAACGCUGAGGGCCGAGCAGAACGAAAUCCUCGUGGUCACUUUCCGAAACCUGGCGUCACAACUGCACAGCCUCCACCCACACGGCAUUGCUUACGGGAAGAACUCCGAGGGAGCGCAGUACUUUGACAACACAUCUCAGAAAGAAAAGGAGGACGAUGUGGUGAAACCGGGCAGCGAGCAUGUAUACUACUGGGAGGUGACACCCGAUGUUUCGCCCAAACCCGAUGACCCAACCUGCCUCACCUAUUCAUACAUCUCCCACAUAAAUUUGGUGGAGGACUUCAACUCCGGCCUCAUUGGCGCAUUGCUCAUCUGCAAGAAUGGCAGCUUGGAUGAGUCAGUGAUGCAGGCUGGCGUCAAACGAGAGCUGGUCCUACUCUUUGGGGUCUUUGAUGAGCGAGAAAGCAUCUAUAAACCAAAGGACCACUCCUUAGACCAUGUCCACUACACCAUUAAUGGCUAUACCAAGGGAGCACUCCCUGGUUUGAGCGUUUGCACGUAUUCCUCUGUGAGCCUUUACCUGCUGGCCAUGAGCUCCUAUCCAGAGCUGUUCUCGGUACACAUCACCGGGCAGGUGCUGCAGCACAUGCGCCACAAGGUGUCGUCCCUGGGCCUCAUCAGCGCUUCCUCUACCACCGCCAGCAUGGUGCCUGUGCACAUAGGCCGUUGGAUGUUAUCCUCGCAUGUGCUCAAGCACAUUGAAGAGGGCAUGCACGCCUUCUUGGAUGUGAGAACGUGCGAGGGCAUCGAAGCACCACGGCGGAGGAUGACCCUUGAGCAAAGACGCGAAAGCAGGGAGUGGAAAUACUACAUCGCUGCCGAAGAGGUCGUCUGGGACUACGCGCCCAAUAUGCCCGAACAUAUUGACGAGAGCUACAAGUCCCAGUACCUGCAGCAGUCCUCAACCCGCAUUGGCAGGAAGUACAAGAAAGUCGUGUACACGCUCUACAAUGAGUCCUUCACACAACGAAUAGAGAAUAAGCAGAGAAAAAGUGAGCUUGGCAUCUUGGGUCCAGUAAUAAGAGCGCAAGUCAGAGAUGUCAUCAAGAUUGUAUUCAAGAACAUGGCUUCCAGGCCGUACAGUAUCUAUCCACAUGGACUGACGAUCCCAAAGUCAGAGGAAGGCGUGAACUACCCGGAAGGAGGCAACAAGACGCAUGCAGUCCAGCCUGGCGAAACACAUACAUACAUUUGGGAGGUGGCCGAGGAGGACGGACCUUUGAAAGGAGAUUCCAGGUGUCUAACACGGAUGUAUCACAGUGCCGUGAACACGCCACGUGACAUAGCCUCAGGUCUGAUUGGACCUCUCCUCAUCUGCAAGAGCCAGUCGCUUAACCUCAGGAAUGUGCAGGUCAAAUCGGACAAGGAGCAACAGGCCGCGUUUGCUGUGUUUGAUGAGAACAAAAGCUGGUACCUGGAUUACAACAUUCGGCAUUUCUGUGGUCGAUCCCGAGUCAACAAGGAAGACCCCGACUUUUACAAUUCCAACGUCAUGCACACUAUCAAUGGGUAUGUGUACGAGAGUGGGCCACUCUUGGGCUUCUGCAACGGUGAAGUGGCAACGUGGCAUGUGUUCAGCAUUGGCGCACAAGACUAUAUUCAGACAGCAACCAUCUACGGCCACUCAUUUGAACUACACACCCGCAAGGAAGACAUCCUCAGCCUCUACCCCAUGACUGGCGAUACCAUUACAAUGAGGAUGGCGAACAUUGGUGUUUGGCUUCUGGCGUCCCUGACUUCCCACGAGACAACCAAAGGAAUGCGCUUAAAGUUCCAGGAUGUUGAGUGCUUCCGGGACCACCAGUAUGAGUACAGUGACUAUGACGAGCCAGGAAAGAUGGAAUUUGAUAACUGGAACCGCGCGGCUAGCAAUGCAAAUAAGAAAGAAGAGGAAGUGAAGAAGCCAAAAGAGCCUGCCCCAAGCGCAACGGUGAUUGAUGACUACACAGAGAUGCUUGCCAGUCAGUUAGGUAUCAGGUCAUUGAAGAAGAAUCAAUCUUCAGUGGAUAGUGUGGAGAAGCUUGACUUGGCAUUCCUUGACUACGAUGCUGUUGAUGUGCCGGAUGGAAAAUUAACAAUCCGGACAAAAAAUUCAAUAUACGGUAGCAUGACACAAGACAAAGGCCCAAAGAGCAGUGCUUCUGGGUCAGCUUCAAGUCUUGAUAAUCAAAGCACUUCCAGGACGGAUAAAACCACACUUUCUAACAUAACAGCUUCAUUUAAGUUUGGGAACAUAUCAAACAAAGCGGCCAAUCAGACUGAGACAACAUUUGCAAGGUCAGCAUUAGAAGCUGAAGAAUUGAAUCAAACCUUAACCAGUGACAAUCUGACCGCUAUCUGCCUGGAGGAAAAAUCCAAAGAAGGCCCGAGCAACAUUACAACCUUGGGUAACCAGAACAGGACUGUAGUUGAUACUGUCCACAGAGCUAAUGCAACUAAUGCCCUUGAGUCAAACUGUACAUCCCUCUUGAAUAAAAGUCACACCUCAAGUGUCUCACAGCCCAUCAAUGCUACAAGAUCAGAUGAUUUCAAUGGUUCAGCAAGCAGUGAGGAAGUGUUUAUAUACCUCAAACAAAACCACACGGAAGUGAUUAAAACCACCUCAGUGAGGACAGAUAGUCACAACUGGACUUAUGACGGAACUCACAAAAAGGUACCAAUGGAAAUUCCGGACCAUUUGGUGAAAUACAUCAAAGAAACACCAACAUCCAAAAAGAAACCCAAGUUAAAGAGGGUCAAUGUCCAACAGCGGCCACAGAAGGGCCAAGGUAUGAAAACGAGGAAAAGAAAAGUAUACAAGCCCGAGGUCACAAGCGGUUUACCCCUCUCUCCUCGUGGAUUCAACCCUGCCAUCACCCCAAGAGGGUCACGUCCCGCUUCAACACAAGUCAUCUUAGAUGAGGAGGAGCUCAUUAACUUGCCUGUGGUAAUCGGUGUGCCCCGGCCAGAUUUCAGCGACUAUGAGUUUUAUGUUCCAGGAGAUGGGCCUGACCUUUCAUCUUCCGGCAAGCAGGAUUUGAACGCAGACGAAUAUGAGUAUGUAAACUUCAAAGACCCUUACAGCGGUCAUCAAGACAUUAAGAACUUCAACAUAGAGGAGACCGCUAAAUACUACUUAAAACACUCAGGGCUGAAUGUCAAGAUGUACUUCAUUGCUGCAGAGGAGGUUGAGUGGGACUAUGCUGGCCUUGGACAGAGAAGGCAGGAAAAAUCCCUCCAAAACAGCCGAAACACAAAGUUCAAGAAAGUAGUAUUCCGAGGUUACACAGAUGGAUUGUUCAAAACUCCUGAAAUCCGAGGUGAAAAGGAAGAGCAUCUUGGUAUCCUGGGACCCGUCAUCAAGGCUGAGUAUGGACAAAGCAUCAUGGUGGUAUUCAAAAACAAAGCCAGUCGUCCGUUCUCCUUACACCCGAAAGGGGUUACCUAUACAAAGUGGACAGAAGGUCUGUCCUAUGAAGACGGCUCCACGCCCUCGUACAAAUAUGAUAAUGAAGUUCCACCCAAUGGUAAAAACACAUACAUUUGGAAGGUCCCCAGAAAGCAUGCCCAUAAUCCCGAUGAGCCACACUGUCAAACUUGGACCUAUCAUUCCGGCGUUAAUCCCGAAAAGGACAUACAUUCUGGCUUGAUUGGACCUUUGCUCGUGUGUCCAGAGGGCACUUUAAAUAAUGUGACAAACGCGAGGGAGUUUGCGUUGCUCUUCAUGACUUUUGAUGAGUCGCAGAGCUGGUACUAUGAGGAGAACCUUGAAACGAUGCUGCGUAAAAGACGAAGAAGAGUUAUGGACCCUAUCCUCAAAGAGAGCUUCAAGUUCCAUUCCAUCAAUGGUAUCACAUAUAGCCUUAAGGGCCUGAGGAUGUAUACCAACCAGCUCAUCCGGUGGCACCUGAUCAACAUGGGCUCUCCCAAAGACUUCCAGAGCAUCUACUUCCACGGACAGACAUUCCUCCAUACGACGACUACCAGCAACAGACACGCAGUUUAUCCGCUACUUCCUGGAGGUUUUGCUACCCUGGAGAUGAAUGCAUCCAAGCCUGGCCUUUGGCAGCUGGAGACAGAAAUUGGCUUCAACCAGCAGAGAGGGAUGCAGACACUCUUCUUAGUCUUCGAUAAUGACUGCUUCCACCCCUUGGGCUUGGAAUCAGGCAGUGUGAAAGAUGAGCAGAUCACAGCCAACAACACUCGAGGAUACUGGGAGCCACAUCUUGCCAGAUUGAACAAUAAAGGCAAAUACAAUGCAUGGAGCACAGACCAGAGCAACCAUUUUAUUCAGGUGGACUUUCAGCGUCCCGUGGUGAUCAGCCAGGUGGCCACACAAGGAGCCAAGCAGCUCUUCCAAUCCCAAUUUGUCACCAAUUACUCCAUAUCCUAUAGCAAUGAUCGCAGGGGAUGGAUCCUCUACAAGGGAGAUAGCAUAUACCCAAUAAAGGUGUUUACUGGGAACAACGAGGCCUAUGUGACAAAAACCAACACCUUUUCCCCACCGGUGAUUGCACGGUUCAUUCGGCUCCACCCUCUGCGUUGGUAUAACAUGGCCACAGUGCGCAUGGAGUAUUACGGCUGUGAGCUCGAUGGCUGCUCGGUGCCUCUAGGGAUGGAGAACAGACUGAUCGAGGAUCGUCGCAUCACAGCAAGCUCUGUGAACUCCAACUGGUACUUUGGAGACUGGAGUCCUUUUUUUGCUCGCCUGAACAAACAAGGAGCUGUCAAUGCAUGGCAAGCAAAGAACAGAGACAUGAAGCAGUGGCUUCAGGUGGAGCUGCCGGAGGUUAUGAAGAUAACAGGGAUUGUCACUCAAGGAGCCAAGUCUCUGGGGAAAGAGAUGUAUGUCACCUCGUACACUCUAAGGUACAGUGACAAUGGAAUCCACUGGCACGACUACACCGAGGAUGACGACGGAUCAACUAAGAUCUUCUUUGGGAACACAAACAACAAUGAACAUGCCAAGAAUUUCAUCUACCCUCCCAUAUUUUCUCGCUUCAUCCGAAUCAUCCCCAGAACGUGGAUGGGUUCUAUCACACUGCGGGUAGAGCUGUUGGGCUGCAACUUUGAGUGACAUCACCGAUCUCACGCAGGACAUCCAUCCAUCCAUCCGUCCGUCCAUGCAUCCAUCCAUCCAUCCAUCCAAUUUACAGUAUUUACACUGUCUGACACAUUUACACAUCUGACAGCUGGGUUGCCAGAUUACUUCUGUAAAAAUACAGUAAUCAUCUUUAUAACAUAGUAAAACAUUUUAGGUGGUAAAUUGAGCAAUCCUUUUCUGAUGAACUUAGCCAAACAUAAUGCUAAUUAAAAGCCUUAUUAUUUUAGUACAAUUUACUUGCACUUAUUGAACAUUAUGGUAAGAUGCCUACUCAGCCACCACAUAUGUCACACAUAUUGUACCAAUGGAGUCUUAAUGUGCUUAAUUCUAUGGUUAAUCACAACAUUUGUAUUUUUCCAUGUACUAGCAGUUGCCUCGUCAACCUAUUAAACAGUGAAAACUUG